UGUAUUCGUGUGUUACCGGAAGUAGUUCUUCAUGUCAGGAUCGACUCGUCAGUCAACUUUGAAGCUUCUAGCUUCUAGCUUAGCUCGUUAGCUGCGAACAAAGAGACGGCGAAGUUGCCAACGCAUCGCCCACCAGAGACCGGGUGUGAGUGUGAUUGUGGGAAAAUGUGUAAAGUACAAAUGCUGAGAGCGCUGGUGAAUCAGCGACUAACGGCGGCCGUUGAAGAAAUAUUUGUGGUGUUGGAAAGAACGAUAGCGGAAUACGAGGAGGAACUUUCUAGAACAAAAGAGGAGAACCAGCGACAACGUCAUCUACUGGACGCUGUUUUCAACAAACAUCCAGUCGGGUUCCACGGAGCAGAUGUCAGUGGAGGACAUCUUCCCUUUGAGCAGCAAGAAUGGAGCGCCAGGGUGGAACAGAAGGAGCCGCGGCCCUCCCACUUUAAAGUGGAAGAGGAGGAACGCAACAUCAGUCAGGAGGGCGAGCAUCCUGAAGGACUGGAUGCGUUCCCAGUGAUCGAUGUCCUCGUGAAGAGUGAAGACGACGAGGUCAAAGGCGAGCGAGAGCUGGAGCCUCCAAGCAGCAGCUCGACUCAACACAUGACAGCACAGGCAUAUGGAAACCACCAUGGAGGAUCUCAAGCAGGCAACCUCUUGGCGCCGCUGUCAGAUAGUGAGGACACAAUGUCACCCUCCCCGGACACCAACGAGGAAGACCCGAAAGCUGACAAGACAGGUUACAUUGACAAAAAAUGCGCUUGGUGUGGCAAAAUGUUUUACGACAGCAGCACUCUGAAAAGACACGUUAGAAUACACACCGGAGAAACACCUUUCUCCUGCUCCGUUUGCGGCAAAGGCUUUCGACGGAACGAAUGUUUGCAAAUACACAUGAGGCGACAUACCGGAGAAAAACCUUUCUGCUGUUCAAUCUGCAACAAAAGCUUUUGCGCCCGAACGCCGCUCGUAAUACACAUGAGAACACACACCGGCGAGAAAGUCUUCAGUUGCUGUGUGUGUGACGAAAGAUUCUCCUACAAGUACCAGAUUAGCAAACACAAGUGUGCCGGUUUCAACAGCAGCCAGUAAAUGAAACUGCAGGAUAAACUUUGACUUGCGAACAAAGUCACCACAUAUUGCAUGAUUGAGUCACCAAAUAUAGCAUGUGUGACAUCAUUGUGUGUGUAACACAUUCCUAUUUAAAUGUUGUAAUAAUAAAGAUGUGACAAAAUGUCAACCAGGUUUACUUAUUUAAAUUGCAAACUUGAUCCGAGAAGAGAGACUGAAAAGCUGCUCUGUUAUUAGCACUUAACCUGGUUAGCAAGCUAAUCUGUAGCCAUAUGUUUUUCUAAGUAUGUUUUUCUGCUCUUGUCCACUUUCCUACAUGUCUGUGCACCAUGUAACCCAGCUUUUUAAAUUGUAUGCUAUAAAAGUAUUACUUCAUAUGAUUUACAGCAAUCCAAUGGUGUAUACAAAUGUGAAUUCAGACCACUUGUUUUUGGGCCCUAUUCUCACAUCGUUUUUUAUUCACACCUAAAUAAUAAAUACAUGAGUAUUAAAGGCUUUUGUUCAUAUUCUCCCAUUAAGUCGGGAAAUAAAACAGGCUUAUUAUAAAUGA